AUGAUUGAUAGACGACUCGCUGCUAUUCUUUUGCUAUUUGGCUCGUGCGCCGCAGCAGCCAAGACGACACCGCCCAAGGGCGAUGAGCCGAAUCUGCUCUGCGGCGGCUGCCAAAUGGCUGUCAAGCUCAUCGAGUCAAGGCUCAACUCGUUCGAGAAUCUCACCAAAAACGAUUUGACGCGAUUCGCCAAGACAAUUUGCGCCAACGCGCCUCAAUCGGAAAUUUUCAAAACGCUUUGCACAUCGGUUCGCGACGACAUUAUCGACGUGGCGAUUCAGAUAAUUGAAGCGAUUGAACGACAAAUUGGUGCUGAGCACACUUGCAAAAUGAUUCAUGUAUGUUAG